AUGAGUGCAUUGAAGAAUCAUGGGAAUCCCGAGUAUCCAGCGGUGAGAAUGUUGCUGGCGAGAUAUCCGCCGUGCCGUAGAAAUCUCUUUUCACGCGGUUCCAAUCACCAGAGCACUGGAUCUGCCGCAUCUAACGAAAGUAGUGAAGCGUCCGAUGCUCGAUUGGAUCAACAAGCGAAUUCCAGUGUCGACUGUCAGCGCGCAAAUCAGUUACUACGCAAUGGUGAAUGCAGAUUUGGCGAUCGUAAAGAUGGUUUGGAGAUAAUCAAGUACAUCGCAGCCAAGUGUGUGGAACCACUCACUGAGAAGAUCAUAGUGAAUGCAGCUCAACAUAAUCGACUCGAUAUCAUUGAGUAUCUAAUGGAUAACUAUCGACCAACUAUCAAAUAUACUUUUCACGCGCCAGAUGCAGCAGCGAUGUAUGGUAACACCGACGUAUUUAUUUACCUCAUGGAAAAAGAUAAAACCGUGCGAUAUAAACUUGCAUUGAAUUACGCCAAAACCUUUCAUCAUCAUGACAUCCUUUAUUAUAUAAGACACAAAAAGAGACCAAUAAAACAACUUUGA